AUGUCGAGUAACUACAAGCUCUAUGAUUAUGACCCCUCUGUCGGCGCUGCUAUUGUCUCUGCCGGACUGUUCGCCGCAACGUCCAUGUUGCAUCUUUUCCAGAUGAUCCGCAGGCGGACAUGGUGCUUUAUACCAUUUGUUCUUGGUGGAUUCUUCGAAACAUUCGGAUACAUCGCACGUUACUACAGCGCCAGAGAGACCCCAAAUUGGACCGUGAAACCCUACGUCGGACAAGAAAUGCUGCUUCUUCUAGCCCCGGCUCUAUUCUCCGCCUCCAUCUACAUGAUCCUAGGCCGAAUCAUCCGCCUCCUCGACGGCCACACAUACUCGCUAAUCCGGCCAUCAUGGCUGACCAAGAUAUUUGUAACCGGCGAUGUGCUCUCAUUCUUCAUCCAAAGUGGCGGCGGCGGCAUAAUGGCAUCUGCGAAGACCCCCAGCAAGGUCUCCUUGGGCAAUAACAUCAUCGUGGUCGGUCUUAUCGUUCAGUUGGUCUUUUUCGGCUUCUUCAUCAUCGUCACUGUGGUCUUUCAUCGCCGUAUGGCUGCUUCGCCGACUGAAGUGUCCGUGAUAAUCACACAGUGGCACACCUAUAUGCGCAUCUUGUAUGCGGCUAGUGUUCUCAUCAUGGUGCGGUCCGUCUAUCGUGUGCUGGAGUAUCUGCAGGGUUCGGAGGGAGGUUUAAAACAAAAUGAGAUGUUUCUUUAUAUUUUUGAUGCUCUGUUGAUGUUUUCGUGUUGUGUUUUGUUCAAUGUCAUGCACCCGAAUCGUAUUCUUUCAGCUCGUCCGGAGGCUUACGACAAGAUGAUGGAAGUGGAGGAGGAUCAGGUGGAGAUGCUGCGACGGAGACGUUGAGAAUUUUCUCGCCUUUAUUUGUGCUUAUCGAAUUACGAUUCUCUUCUUGCUUUCUUCCUUUUGUUCCCUGUGUGCCAUUAUCUUCUUUUCAACCUUUGGUUGUUAUGCAUACUGUACCAUUCACUCUUCCCCUAUAAUCCCUAUUUUCUCAAGCUUAGUGCUCGGACCUGAAUUUUCGAAUUCUCGUAUUUCACCGGUUCGCUCCACUUGUCUCCCUGGAAGGGGAAAACGUACGAACG